UUACCAAGUAGAGAUAACUCUAUACACAAAGUGAAAAAUGGCGACCAUAGCAGUUAGAACACGAAAGAGUAGAAAAUGUGAUGGAAUUGCCUAUAGUGAAAUGUCCUUACGUCAGAAUGCCUCGAUCUUGGAAUACUGCAGAACGUCUAUAUCUGCUUUGUCUGGAGCUACUGCAGGGAUCAUGGGAUUGACCAGUCUUUGGGGAUUCAUCUUCUAUUUUAUUACAGCAGCAAUGCUUUCAGUGUUUCUACUUUUGAAAGCUGGUUCCCAGUGGAAUUCAUUUUUUAUGACGCGAAGAGUCCUAUUCAGUAAUGGCUUGUUUGGGGGUCUUUUUACAUAUGUUUUAUUCUGGACGUUUUUAUAUGGGAUGGUUCAUGUGUAUUAAAGCAUCACUGCAGUUGUUUUGCUUAUAAUUUUUGUAUUUAAAAAUAACUGAAGGUUUUAUUGCUUUAGUUUUAUUCCAUUAAUUUAUCUGGGUUUUUUAUUUGAAUGAAAAGUCAGCUGUUAUGUGUGUUUGUUGUGGGAUAAAAAAUAUUGGAUAAAUGAGCUUAAACUUUGAAUGAUUGUGAGAUUGUAUCCCCCACAAUAAGAGAAAAGUUAUCAAAAAUAAUUUAUUUAUAAAGUUUAAAGCUGUUACCCUGUAGAGGUCACUGUAUAAUUGAUACAAGCUUUUUAUUUUUAAAUUUAAUAUUGUAAUACAAAUCUUACGAGUUUAAGUUGUGAAUAGUACCAUGAGUAGAAGUAUAUUUGAAAAACAUUUAAAUCAAUUGUCAUGAGAUCUGGGUUACUGGUCUUGAAGGAUAAGACGUUUAUAAAUCUCCUUCAGUUUUUCCACAACUAUGCUAAUAUUAAUAACAACCUUGUGUAAAUCCUUCAAAAUAUAUAUUAGUUUUCAGGUUGCUUUACUGAAUGUUUUUUGUUAAAAAAUAUUUUCUUUCUAUUCUAAUGUAUGAAAAACAUUCUAGCUUAGGUAUAUGAGAUUUUAGGUUAACUCAGAUUUAUAUAAGCUCUGUUUAAUCUGUAGCCAUUUUAAAAAUAUGUAAAUCUAACAAUUAUUGUUUUGAAAUUCAAUCAAUAAUGUAUAUAUAUCUCUGCACCUGACCUCUACAGUGUCUAACUAAACCUUCAGUGCAAUAAAACAUUGAUAUAUAAAUGA